AAAGCCUCAGUUACUCACUCAAGGCUCCUUGCCCAGUGCCAGAAAGCCUCACUCCUUUUGCCAUUCACUUGGGAGAAUGAAUAAAUUUAGGCAAAUCAGGAGCAGGGCAAAUCUGGAGAAAUUACAAAGGGGAGGAGUUCACCUUCCUGCUAUGGUUUUCAGGUCUGUCCUGGACUACUUACUCCAGUAUAAAACUGAGAGCAGAAAUAUGAUCACAUCCUGAGGAGUCUAAUCAAUUCUGGUUUCAACACUGAGCCUAUUUAAAAUAGAGAAUGGAAUUGCUGCUCCUUGCUCUCUCCUGCCUGCACUUUCUCAAGACAGAGGCUGUAGUGGGCCACUGGUGCUAUCGGACCCAGAAGUGUGAGCAGCCACAGUGUGAAGAUCCUCCUCGGUGGCACCUGGUGAACGCAGAGUGCAAGGGGAGCAAACAGUCCCCUGUCAACAUUGUCACCCAAAAUGUGGUUUUUGACAAGAGCCUCAAGCCCCUGACUUUUGAAGGGUACGACGUGAAGGGCUCAGCCAAGUGGCUCCUGGAAAAUAAUGGUCACACAGUUAAAGUGGCACUAAACUCGUCCCCUAAAUUCGGAGGAGGAGGCCUGAGGAGGAAAUACAAGGCAGUAGAAUUCCAUUUGCACUGGGGAGUCCCAGGGGAGCCCCAAAUCAUCCCUGGCUCAGAGCACAGCAUAGAUGGGGAGAAAUACCCCAUGGAGCUGCAUGUUGUGCACAUAAGAGAAGAUGUUUCAGAUGUGACAGAAGCCAAGAAAACUCCAGAGGGUUUGGCUGUGCUGGCCUUCUUUGUGAAGGCCGAUGAGGAAAAUAAAAACUAUGCAACUCUUCUGAGUGAAUUAGAGAAUGUUAAAUUCAAAGGGAACACAGCACAGAUGGAUCCUUUGCCACUGAUGUCUCUUCUCCCACCUGAGGAAGACCUUGGGAAGUACUACAGGUAUGAGGGGUCCCUCACCACCCCUGACUGCCACGAGGGAGUCAUCUGGACCAUAUUUGAGAAGCCAGUGAAGCUCAGCCUGGCCCAGCUCUCCCAGUUUGCAGCACUGCACUUUGACUCGAGCAACUCCUCGGCCAUGACGGAGAAUUUCCGGCCGCCGCAGCCGCUGAACGGGCGCAAGGUGCUCUGGUCAGGGGCCAGCAUCCCCCUGCCCCUGGCAAAGCUGCUGCUGCUGGCCCUGGCUCUGAGCUGCACCCUCAGCUCCCUGGGCCACUGAGCCCUUCCCACCCCAUCCACACCCUGCUCCUUUAGUUCUUGUUAUUUUUUGCUGUUCUUUGUGUCAGCCUCUGAUGGAUUGUGUCCCAGUACAGAAUAGCCUUGUUCUCCUCCAGACACGAACCGAGGGCUUCUGUGCUGCUCUGGUGGAACCCAAACCACCAGAACUUAGAGGAACAGGGAGAUAAAGCAAUGAAAAUGCAAAUUUUAAAGCCAAUACACUUAGAGAAAUUGGAUUUUGUCCCAAUACAGAAUAGCCUUGUUCUCCUCCAGACACGAACCGAGGGCUUCUGUGCUGCUCUGGUGGAACCCAAACCAUCAGAUAAAGCAAUUUUUAAAAGCCAGUACACUUAGAGAAAUUGGAUUAUCCUGUAGUUUUAACCCAGCACUGGAAGGAGCUGCACAGAGACCCUUGGACAGAAAUCUGUUCUUAAGUGCCUGUGAAGGGGUUGGAGCAUGUUUACAUUCAGCACUGCAAAUCUGGCAGGGAAAUGUGGAGUAAAUCCUCCAGUCCCACACUGUCCUACCUGAAGGUACAACACAGAGCAAAGACAAAAUGCUCACACACAACCCAGCAGCAUCUGGCUCAUCCCCUCAGGGAAGGGCACUCACCCAACACACAAAUCCCCCUCCUUCCUCCAGAACAUCUCAGUUAAUUUCAGAUAAGGACACUGGAUUCCUUCCCCCAUCUCCUGCUGGGGCUGUCAGGUCCCUCUGUUAUUUAUUCAUCCUUCUCUGGGAUGCCAUGGCCAAUGUGAUGUGCUGGGAAGCAACAGGGAGGCUCAUCCCCACGGACCAGAGGCACAUCUGUGGAAAUUCCCUCUCUUUGAGGGCUGCUUUUCAAGCAGGAGACUCUGAUGAUCCCUUGUAGUUGUAAUUUGCCUGAUAAAA